AUGUUUAAAAUCACACCCUUUCUACUCCUUCUCGCCCAGGUCUGUUUGUCCACCUCGGCCGCCGUUCCGCAGCUAUCCACUUCUUGCAAACGACAGACCCAUCAAAAUGGAAAUCUACCCAAUGUGACAAUCUUUGGAACCGGAAGGACAAUUGCAAGCAAAGGCACGACCAAUACUCAAACUACUAACUAUAAAGUCGGAGUCACCAUUGAGGCGCUCGUAGAGGCAGUGCCCGAAUUAUGCGAUAUUUCAAAUGUUUCUGGUCUGCAGGUCUCAAAUGUUGAUAGCGGAUCAAUCAACUCCACCGUCCUACUCAACCUCGCCCGAUACAUCAAUGCCGACACGGCGACACCAUCGUCUCACGGCUCUGUCGUGACACACGGGACCGAUACACUUGAGGAAACGGCAUUCUUCUUAGACCUGACAGUGAAGACUCAUAAGCCGGUUGUUAUAACUGGCGCCAUGAGGCCUUCUACCGCAAUCAGUGCCGACGGUCCUUUGAAUCUGUAUCAGUCCGUGAAAUUAGCCGGCUCCGAUGAAGCUCGCGAUCGGGGCGUCCUGGUUGUGUUGAACGACCGGAUCGGAAGCGCAUAUACAACGACGAAGAAUAACGCAAACUCCCUCGAUACAUUUUAUGCUACCGAACAAGGCCAACUCGGCUUUUUCAUUAACCAGGUUCCCAAAUUCUACUCUACUCCAUCGACCCCUCGCAACAAACCACAUUUCAGCACUGGGGAAGCAGAAUCUCUGCCCCAAGUCGAUAUUCUGUACGGAUAUCAAGACGCAAACCCGGCUCUCAUCGAAGCAUCCGUUCGAUCGGGCGCUAGAGGAAUCAUUUUUGCUGGGGUAGGAGCUGGCGGAUGGAGCAAGAGUGGACUGGACGUUGCGCAGAGAGUGUAUAACGAGACUGGUAUUCCAAUGGUGUUUAGUCGGCGGACUGAGGAUGGAUUUUCUGGGGGCGACUCUAUAUACUCAUUUCAGAUGACGAGUGGAUUUUUAAAUCCGCAGAAAGCACGGAUUAUGUUGCAGCUUGCUCUUCUGGAGAAUUAUGGGAAUGAGAAGAUCCGGGAUCUAUUUGAUGGACAGUGA